CAACAACGCAGAUUGAGAAUAACGGUCUAGGUUUCUCUAGUAAGACAUUUUGAGGAUUUUCAGACCAGGUUCCCAGUGCUUUGGAAGGAAUGAGUGUCAGAGUCCUUGAGGAGCCAUCCAAAGACUCUCUUAAGAGAGAAAUUCUCUAAGGUUGAAAGCUGAGGGUUUUGAGGUAGAUUCCGACAGAUCUCAAGGUUCUGGAUCUCUGGGAAGCCCUGAAACCAUGCACUUGUCUGCGAGGAAGACAUCUGGUAAACAAGAUAUUAAGACGAUGUUUUCCUCCUGAGGCCCAGAGGUGAUUCCAGCAGGACUUGUGAGGAUCCAUGAGGAUGCCCCAGUGAACGAUGAGUAGUAUCUUCUGUGGCAACUCUUCCGCUAAGAUGAGCGUCAACGAAGUAUCGGCUUUCUCAUUGACGCUGGAGCAGAAGACUGGCUUUGCUUUUGUCGGGAUUUUGUGUAUCUUCUUGGGACUUCUUAUUAUCAGAUGCUUCAAAAUCCUAUUAGACCCGUAUAGUAGCAUGCCUUCUUCUACCUGGGAGGAUGAAGUUGAAGAGUUCGAUAAAGGGACAUUUGAAUAUGCACUCGCGUGAGAGUUUCAGCGUGAUGCAUUACAGUUACGCCUUGGGGACAUGUGGUGGAUACACGUAUAACUACCUUGAGUGUGCGGGAGAGCAGGUCAUUUAGUUCAACAAAGUCAA